GGGGUCACUUCUCCACCUUCCACAUGGAGAGGCCCCUCCUCUGAGCCCCUCCCUGGCCAGGCUCCGUCCUCCCACUGCGGGGCCUCCUCACAGCCCUCACUGGCUUGCAUCAACCUGCUUCCCAGGGGUUUCUAUCCUCUACCCCCUGUCUGAGCAGCCUGGCAUCUGUGCCAACCUUCUGUCCUAGCAUCUGUCAGGGGGAAGGGUCCCACCCCGCCCUGUAUGCCACCUGAGUCUGGAAUCAGGAGAGAGGCCAGGCUCCCGCACAGAGAGGUGGUCUUAGCCAGCCAGGACAGGUGAGGGAAGGGGCCUGAGGGAAAGACCCUUGGGAAGGCACUGCUCCCUGGGGGCAAGUCCUGGCACAUCACAGGCUGUGCUGUGGGAGGGGCCGUCCUCCCGGGCUUGUUCCUGCCUGCCUGGUCUUUGUCUCCCAGGAGGGAGGCCACACCAGGGGCCCUAGCAGUUGUCAGGGGAGAGAGGGUGCCAGGGCAGGACCUGCUGGAAGGGAGCAGGCAGGGCCUCCCCUUAAGGCACUGGGUAAACAGUGUGGGGAAGUAGGUGUCAGCCUGGCCCAGGAGGCAGCUCUGCUCCCCAGUCCCCCAACCACCACCAACACACAGACGACUGCAGCUCUAGCCUCCCAGCCCUCCCAGACUAGACGCCACCACCUGCUCCCCUUCAGGAGGGGUUUCAUGAGAGGACCACCAGGCUGUAGGAACUGGGUGGGGGGUGGCAUGGAGAGGCCCCCCAGCCGGAGGACAGAGGGCUCAGGCUGGCUGCCUCUAGGGGUAACUGGGAGCCAAGCCCCUCAGGCUACGUGGUGGGCCGCUCCGCCACCAGGGAGAGAGGUCCUGUGUCAGACCGGGGACACACGGGCUGGAGCCGGCACACAUGCCUUCCAGCAUCCGCCAAGGAUUCCUGUUCCUCCCAGAUGGACUCCGGGAGCUCUGCGCCCGGGGAGCAGGGCCCAGCAGAGGCCGGGGCAGAGGCAGAGCAGGAGCUGCGGUGGGUGGAGCUGGGCUCCGAGGAAGCCCCGCGAGCUGAGACGGAGGGGCCCAGGGCUCCACAGGCCUGCGGGCACCUGCUGCAGGCUGUGUGGAGGGGUCACCCGGGCCUGGUGACCCAGCUGCUGCAGCAAGGGGCCAGUGUGGCAGAGAGGGAUCGUGCGGGUCGGACCCCGCUCCACCUGGCCGUGCUGCGCGGCCACGUGCCCCUGGUGCGUCUGCUUCUGCGGCGCGGGGCGCCCGUGGGGGCUGCCGACCGGGCGGGGCGCACGCCCCUGCACGAGGCCGCCUGGCACGGGCACUCGCAGGUGGCCGAGCUGCUGCUGCGGCGCGGGGCCCCGGCGGAGGCGCGCUCGGGGGCAGGCCUCACGCCGCUGCACUGGGCCGCCGCGCUGGGCCGCACGCUGCUGGCCGGGCGCCUGUUGGGCGCACCCGGCCCGGGCCCCGGGGCCGCGGAUGCACGCGGCUGGACCGCGGCGCACUGGGCGGCCGCGGGCGGCCAGCUGCCUGUGCUCGAGCUGCUGGCGGCGGCCGGCGAGGGCCUGGACGGCGCCCUGAUCGUGGCAGCCGCGGCUGGGCGCGUGGCGGCGCUGCGCCUCCUCCUGGUGUGUGGGGCGCGGGUGGACGCCCGGGACGGCGCGGGGGCCACAGCGCUCGGCGUGGCAGCGGGCCUGGGCCGCCUGCAGGACAUGGAGGUGCUGCUUGACCACGGGGCAGAUCCACGCCUCAAGGACUGGCAUGGCCGUUCAGCCCUCCAUAGGGCUGCGGCCAGGGGACACCUGCAGGCCGUCCAACUGCUAGCAGCCUGGGGAGCUGAGGUGGAUACCCAGGACUUACUGGGCCUCACACCCCUGCACCAUGCUGCUCGGGGAGGCCAUGUGGAGGUCACCAGCCACCUCCUGGACAGCGGUGCACAAGUCAACGCCGCUGGCUGGCUCUGCAAGACCCCCCUGCACCUUGCCAUGGAGCGUGGCCAUGGCCCCACCACAGAGCUUUUGUUGAGCCGAGGGGCCAGCCCCACUCUGAGGACACGGUGGGGUGAGGUGGCCCAGGGCUUGGUGUCUGAGGUCUUUGGAGAACUGGAGUUCUAGGGAACCACAGCCCCAGGGUCCCUGAGCUUCUCACUUCCAAGCCAAGCCCACACAGCCAGGACAACAGAUGGCUCCAUGGGCUUCCACAGCCUUGUACGUGCCAGGCUCCUGUCCCCUGGGCUGAGGGUGUGUGCCAGGCUCCUCUCCCCUGGGCCUGCCUGCUUGGAUGGAGGGGAGAGCAGCCACAGGUUCUGGGAGGAGAAGGGGGCAGUGGCCCGUGCCCCUGCAGCUGCUCCAGCCUGCCCCACGCACACUGGCAGAGAGACUGAGCCAUGGGGACAGACUGACCCAAACCUGCCAGUCUCCCCAUGGUCCAUCUGCCCUGGGCUGCUGCUCAGUUGCUCUCGGGACCCUGGGGCAUUCUUCCUGUGUCUCUUAGAUCCACGAUUUGUUGGCAUCGAUUAAUCACAGGACACAUUCGCUAACACUUCCUCUGUGACCCAGAGUCCCUAACCCAAACCACCUAUCUCACACACUCAGCCUGCCCCCCUGACCUAACCUGCCAGGUCCAGGCACCAACCCACUAGGGAUGGCCCCUGUGCACCCAGGCCCACCAGGCUUAUCAAACAAGCCAGCCCUAACUGCCCCCUGGCCUACCAGUGGGAAUCCCCAUAAAGGCUCUGGUCUGGGCUGCCCAUCUUUCCUGCUUCUGCCCGCUAAUGCUGUGCUGCCCGCUGUGGCCCCUUCUCUCAGAAGCGGAAGUUAUGAGAAGCUUCUUUCAGUGGCACCAACCUCCGCCUGUUGGCCCUCAACCAUGAAUCAAAAAUCCCGUGGCGCAAGAGAAACAGGAGGACAAUCGUCUCUGAUUGCCCAUUUCUGUAUUCUGUGGAGACCCAUUGCCAUUAUUCCAUUUAAAAGUAAAGUUUCUCUGUAAGGACAGCUUUGCAGGUCAGAUUUCAUCUUUCAAACAUGAGAGUUGUACCAAAUUAGUACCUCUGCCGGGGCCAUGGGUGGGCUCGGGUCCUACCCCAGGGCAGCAAAGGCUUCAGGGAGUUUGAGCACAUGUGACGUGCGCUGCUGGGUUCAAGGAGCCUGCCAAGUGCAGAGUGGACUGUAUCUGGCAUGGGAGGCACUAGGGGACUGCAAGAUGGCUGCGUAGCAGCGGAGGUGGGGGAAGCAGGCAGAGCCCUUUCGACUUAGUGAUGGGCUGCAUGUGGGGGCUCAGGAAAGGGAGAGAUGGCUCCUUGUGAGGCUUGGGACCCGAGAUGGAGGGGUAGACCUUUUAUUGUAACAGGUAAAGAUGACCCACAGGAGAUGAGACAGGGGGAAAGGGGAGUGACACCUUUGGAAUCCUGAGUAAGGAUAGUUUUUAAAGCUUCGGGGUGGACCUCUACCCAGCUGGCUAGCACAGUCUGUGGGUGCUACCCUCAGAGUGCACCCAGAGCCCCACUGCCUCUCACCUCCCCGCUGGUUGUCUGGCAGCUGCAUCCAGGGAGGUCUCUCCUAGCUCACUUGGUGAAACCUCAACCUGGUUGCAGGAGGGCUUUAGACUCUGAUGGGGAAAGAACUCUCAAUUAGGUGGAACAAGUGCCAGCAAGAAAGGAAUUCAUUAAAGUGAGAGUAGGAGCCAAUGUCAGCAGCCAUCCAGGCAGUACAGAGAAAGGGGGAGCAGAGGGAAGAAGGGGCAGCUCCCUGAACUGCUCAGCGCAGGGCAGGUCCCUUGCCAACUCCUAAAGCCAGUCACCUAGUGUCCAAUGUCCGCUUGGAUGUGCACAAUGUGGGAACUAAGUCCCCACCACCCCAGGAUUUGUGGGAGCCACAGAGCACUGGAUAGAGUGCAUUUAUGUCCUGAGAAUUUCCACUUCCCUGCUGGUCUGAAACAAAACAGGGAGAGAGAAAAGUACUGUGUUGAGACUAGAAAGCUGAAUGAAACAAGCAACGUGACAAAGACAUUUACCACCAGAGGUGGAGGUUGGAGAGUUCUUGUCUUCAUCAAGGAGAAUAGUUUGGAGACAAGUGCAAUCAGCUUAUGCAACAAGAAAGCUUAUCUGAUAAGACAGUACACACUCUGAUGUAUGCAGGUGACCUCAGAGAGAAAGUGUGCAUAAGGGUUUAGGGCUUGGGGUUUUACAGGAACUUUUGGGUAGGGGUCAGCAUAAAGCAUGAUGUACACAGGUGAUUCAUAAUUCCUUUGAAGUUUUGUCUUAAAAAUAGGGUUAUUCAGGUGACUGUGCUGAUCCAGAUCUCAGCAUUCUUUACCCAAUAGAUUCAUUUACACUUAGGAAGUUUAUCUCCUGUCCUAGUUACAAAGUUACUUAAUUGACUAAGGGCUGGGAGAGGAAGAACAGCCUAUAGAUUACCUUAAAGAAUAAGCUGGGCCCAUUUCGCAGGCUAAGUAGGUUUCGCAAUGACAUGACACUUGUCCCAUUUGCCUGCUCUAUCUCAUGUCCCCUAUGGACCAAGCCACCGUCAGCCGUGCCUGGAAUAUCGCACAGCCAAGCCAGCCCCCAGCCUCACUGGUCUUCCUGCUUCAGCCCCUGCCUCCCAGUAGUCCAUGCAUAAAACAGUAGCUGUAAUCUUAUUUAAUAAAUUGGCUGAUGCUACCCUCCUGCUCAAAACAGGAGAGUGAAGGCCAUUCGUGGCAUAUGAUGUGUUCACAGAUGUGACUAUUUGGGCCACCAGAGUCUGCCAAAGUGAUGCUGUGCGACUUUUCAGGGUGGGCCCAGAUGGCAAUAAGUUUUCCUUCUGUAUCGCCAUGCCCUGCAGCUGCUCUGUAAGCAGUUUGACUGCCCUGAAGCGGCCAUGCUGUGGGGAGGCCUGAAUGUGACGUGGUAACCAAACCUCAAAGUCCUUACAUGAGAUUCAAGCCCUAUAUAUGCUCAUUAGCUUCCAUUUCCGCCUCCAAGUUGCUCAUGGAGGUACAGGGGACUGCCCCGGGACCCUCACUUGCUCCACUCCAACCACAUUGGCAUUUUUGCUCUUCCUGACUAUACCAGAUGUGCAUCAGGUCCUGUGCAUCUGCUAUCUGCCUGGUUCCAUCAGUCACUUCCUUCUUUUACUCAAACAUCCCCUUCCCACUGUUCUAACAUACCCUAAGAUUGUACCUCUAAAAAGGAAGGCUGUUCUUUAAGCAGAAUGCCAAUAUAUGUGGAAAGAAUGAUGCAGUUAGAGAAUCAACAAUGGAUGCUCAAAGAGUGAGUGCAAACCUGACAAGGACCUGACAAGGAGCAGGGUAUUUGUUCAGUCUCAGAGCCUGAGGUCACACAGGGGUGCUCCGCAGGUAUUCAUUCCAGACUACACUGGCCAUUUAGCUCCAUGUCCACCACAGCUGACAGCAUGCUUUUCCUGGCAGCCCCAAAUACCACUGAGCACAGCAAAAGGCACUGGGGUCUGUCCAUUUCUGCCCAACACAACAUUCUCUAAUAGGCAGACUUUGCUUCAGAACUAUUGGGUUAGCCAAGAUGUUGUCCAGUCUGCAUCCCAUUUGAGGCCCUCUCUAACAGGCAUUACAUGAUACACCUCUGUAGUCCUACCCCUAUCUCCAUGUCUUACAGGAAGGCCUGUCAUGAAUUCACAAAGUAUUUCUCUACAGCUAUUUAUUAGUUACAAACGUAAAAAUGGUAAAGAAACCUGGCAAACAAUACCUUAAUCAAGUGGUCAAAGCUGACAUCACCCAUGUUCCAUGUUGGGAUAGGCUGCCAUAAUGGCCUUCUGAUACCAUGAGAUGAGGAUGAAAUACAUAGUUGACCCUUGAACAACGAGGGUUUGAACCUUGAGGGUCAACUUACAUGCAGGUUUUUUUUCAAUAACUAUAUUGGAAAAUUACGGGGGUACAUGCAACCAUUUGAAAAAAAACCAUUUUAUUUCCUCUAGCUUACUUUCUUGAAAGAAUACAGUAUAUUAUGCAUGCAAUAUACAAAAUACAUGUUAAUCGACUGUUUAUAUUAUUGGUAAGGCUCUGGUCAACAGUAAGCAAUCAGUAAAAUUUUGGGGAGUCAUAAUUUAUAUGCAGAUUUUCUACUGGGGGGGGGGGUUGGCGCCCCGAAGACCCGUGUUGUUCAAGGCUCAACUGAAAUUUCUGCAGCAUUCUGCCAAAAAUGUAUAACCUGAUUCUAACCAUAGGGAAGCAAACUCAAUUUGAGACAUUCUACAAAAUAACCCGAAUUCUUCAAGAAUGCCAAGGUCAAGAAAGAGAAGAAAGGCCGAGGCUUAAGACUAAAAGGUAGACCUAACAUGGUCCUGGGCGGGGAAACGGGUGGCAGAGACCACUCGACAGCACUGGAAUAGGGGCUGCAGGCCAGGCGACAGUGCUGUGCUGCAUUAAUGCUAAGUCUCCCGACGUUGGUCUCUUACUGUGGUUUGUAAGACAAUGUCCUCCUUCUCAGG